AUGACAAUACCACGUUUAGAACUUACUGCAGCUGCUCUGCUUACUCGACUCGCAGGAUAUGUACGCAGAACUAUGGACCUACAUUCAGCACCACUAUGGCUUUGGACCGAUUCAUCAGUUGCACUCACGUGGAUCACAUCUCAUCCAAGUAAAUGGAAGGAUUUUGUUCGAAAUUGUGUCACCUUCAUCCAAGAAAACCUAUCAUCAGCUCGUUGGAGAUUUAUCGCUGGAAAACAAAAUCCAGCUGACUGUCCCGAAUGGCUCUUUCUACCAUCUGACCAAUGGCCCCAUGGCAUUUGCUCACUAUCACUUGUCCCAGCUUCGGAAGUUCGAUCUGCAAAAGUGAAUCAUUGCUCACAAAUUGAGUUAGAGCCGGAAUUAUUGCAUCGAUAUUCUAACUUAAAUCGACUCUUGCGUAUCACAUCUUGGUGGAUGAAGUUCAUCAAUCGUAGCCGUAGAAUCAUGGAUGAUGAUCCACCAGCCUUGUUAACUAAUCAUAAUCUUCACGCGUCUCUAUUAAUUUGGGUUCGGAUUAGCCAAAGGAUUGCAUUUUCAAACGAGUUGAAGUUGUUGCAGAAGAAACAACCAAUCACUAGCUCGAGUUCUUUGCGCUUGCUCACUCCAUUUCUCGAUCAAAAUGGUCUGAUACGAGUUGGUGGACGUCUUGAACAAUCAUCACUGGAUUAUUACUCAAGGCACCCCUAUAUCCUCUCGAAAGAUUCCACUCUGUCUCUUCUAAUAAUCCAAAGUGCUCAUCUUCGAUCACUCCACAGUGGUACCAGUAACACUUUAGCAGCAGUUCGACAAAAAUUUUGGAUACUGGGAGCUCGUCUAGCAGUUCGAAAAGUAAUCUUGAAAUGUGUGAUCUGCGCACGCCAACGUGCUAAACGAGCUGAACAACAAAUGGGACAACUUCCAGCAGCGCGUACGACUCCAUCCCGCCCCUUUUGCCACUCAGGGGUUGAUUACGCUGGCCCAUUUCUUGUUAAAACAUGGCAUGGGCGUGCUGCUAAAACAUACAAAGGCUUUGUUGUUCUGUUUAUAUGUUCCUCUACGUAUGCAAUUCAUCUCGAGAUAGUUACAGACUAUUCCACUAGUGGUUUUAUUGCUGCAUAUAAACGCUUCACUGGAUGUCGCGGGAUCUGUGCUACACUCUCAAGCGACUGUGGAACUAAUCUUGUGGGGGCUGAUGCUGAACUCAAACGACUCUUUACGGAGUCAUCCACACAGCUUAAAACUCUUCGUUCGUUACUUGCAAACGACGGAACUCACUGGCACUUUAAUCCACCGUCUGCCCCACAUUUUGGCGGCCGCUGGGAAGCUGGAGUUAAAUCCGUCAAACAUCAUUUAAAGAGGGUUAUUGGUAACACUCUCCUUACAUACGAAGAAUUCACCACUGUUCUGAUACAAAUUGAAGCAGUGUUGAAUUCAAGGCCUCUUUGCCGGCUUACUGAUGAUCCAGAUGACCUCGCAGUCUUAACACCCGGACAUUGCCUCACUGGUGGACCCUUAACGACUAUUCCCGAGCCAGCAUUAACACAUUUGAAAAUUACACAUUUAUCUCGUUGGCAAUUAACUCGCCAAAUUCUCGAAAACUUCUGGACGAAAUGGUCCAGAGAAUAUCUUCAACAGUUGCAGGCUAUUUAUAAGUGGCAAUAUCCUGCCAAUCAAAUCAAUAUCGGAUCAAUUGUUUUAAUCGUUGAUGAAAGAUAUCCGGCAUCUAAAUGGCCAUUAGCUAAAGUCAUCCAACUUCAUCCUGGAGCUGAUAAUCUUACUCGAGUAGUGACACUCAAAACGGCAACUACAGUGCUGAAACGGCCGAUUGUUAAGCUGUGUGUACUUCCCAUUUCAGACACCACAUAA